UUGCAACACGAGAAAAAAACAAACACUAAAUUAUUCAACAUGGCGUCGUGCAGCAGGGCUCAAGUGAUUUCACUCUACAGGAUGCUUAUGAAAGAGAGUAAAGAAUUCCCCUCGUAUAAUUAUAGAACAUAUGCACUUCGCAGAGUGAAAGAUGGCUUCAGGGAGAACCUUCAGGUUGACAACCCCAAAACACUUGAUAUGCUAAUAAAUCAAGCUAGAGAGAAUCUGGCAACAAUCAAGAGACAGGUAUCCAUUGGCCAGCUGUAUAAUGCACAGAAGACUAUUGUUGAGGAGCGUGAAUUAUAAUUAAGGACCUUUAUAGGAAUUCUCUUCAGCACCAAAAACACUGCUCAUACUGUGUAUAUCAUGCUCUAGGGAAGAAGAAUCUGUGUUGAAGCCCAUAAAAUACAUAUCGUAAAAUUGUAAUGUAUAUCAGAGUAAACUGUACAUUUAAUUUAUG